GAAUGAAUGAAUGAAUGAAUGAAUGAAUGAAUGUAUGAUUGAAUGAAAACUUUAUUGAAUGUAACUGAACUAAAUUAAACUAAAGACAGACACAAAAUGUCGGAGUAACUCAGCGUGACUCUCAGUUACUCCAGAAUGUUGUGCCUAUCUUCGGACUUCUUCUCCUUCUUGUGUAUGGCGAGCACAGCCUAAAGUUGUAGGACAACUUGUUCUAUUUGAUCUUAUUGAGUGGGCAUUGUUUGCAUUCGUCGAAACAGGGCGAACCGCGUGAAGGUUGCAAUCUUUCCGCCAUCUAUCUUCGGUGUAAACCAGCAUCUGCAGUUCCUUCCGCAGCUAAACCCAGCUAAACUCCUCCAGUUUAAAUACCAGUUGGAAUAUUUUGGAGGACCAAGUAACUAAGUAACCCAGAACUAACUAAACAACCCUGGGAUGAGGUGUGAAGUUGGAACAAUGGCAGCUGCCGUACGCUCCAACAUAGAUGGAGGGACUAUAGUUGUUGGGUCCGUCAGCGUUGCUCCUGGGUUUUCUCAUCGCUGCUCGCUGGUGUUUAAGAGCUGGCAGCCGUCCCGAGGGCAGUAAUGAGCAUGUGGGUCUUUCUGGAAUUACUGGUGGUUGAGAGAGACCACAGCGCUUCCUCAUCCCCGGUUUGGGCCGGCCACAGUCACCACAAGGCCAGGCCGGCCUCAAUGGGCAUCUGUGACCAGGCAGAGUAUAAAAGGACGGGGACCUGCCCCGUACCAUCAGACUUCACAGCACUGUCCAGCCCUCGUUAACCAAGGAUUCAGAGAGAGGGAGAAAGAGAGAGACGGACAGACAGAGAGAGAUAGAUAGAUAGAGAGAGAAAGAAAGAAAGACAGACAGACAGAAGAACAUGAAGGUGCUGCUCUUCCUCGCACUCUUGGGUCUACUGACCGUGGGCCGCUGUAGACACAUCAGGCACGCCCUGGCUCGGCGCAGUGCGGGCAGCGACAGCGAUAGCGGCGAGUGGAACGGGCGCGGCAGCGAUAGCGGCGACAGCGGCGACAGCCACGGGCGCGGCUACGGCGACAGAUACGGCAACGGCAACGGCAACGGCCAGGAUAACGGCUACGGAGACGGAUACGGAGACGGAUACGGUGAUACCAGCAGCGAUAGCGGUGACUCCAACAGCGACGAGAGUGACGAGAGUCACAGCCACGAGCCUAGUGGGAACGGACGCGGCGUCGUAGACCACAACGGGAAUGGGAACGGGAACGGGAACGCCAUUGUGACCGGCCACGGGAACGGAGGCUGGGACGGCAACGGGAACGGGAUCGACAAUGGGAAUGGGAACGGGAACGGAGACGGGAACGGCAACGGCCACGGCCACGGCCACGGCCACGGGCAGGACAAUGGGAAGAGACAGGACAACGGAGACGGGAAUGGCCAUGGAAACGGGAUCGACAAUGGAGCCGGCGACGGAGACGGGAAUGGCGAUGGGAAUGGAGGUACGUGAUUUUGAACCCUUUGCUCCAGUCUUUAUAAGUUCAUAAGCUCUAGGAGCAGAAUUAGACCAUUCGGCCCAUCAAUUUAAUUCUGCCAUUCUGCCAUGGCUGAUCUAUCUCUCCCUCUCAACCCCAUUCUCCUGCCUUCUCCCCAUAACCACUGACACCCGUACUGAUCAAGAAUCUAUCUAUCUCUGCCUUAAAAAAUAUCCAUUGACUCUGUUGCAAUGAAUUCCACAGAUCCACAGCCCUCUGAAUAAAGAAAUUCCUCCUCAUCUCCUUCCUAAAGAAACGUCCUUUAAUUCUGGGGCAGUGACCUCUGGUCCUAGACUCUCCCACUAGUGGUAAUAUGCUCUUCACAUCCACUCUAUCCAGGCCUUUCACUAUUCGGUAAGUUUCAAUGUACCCCCCCCAUCCUUCUAAACUCCAGCGAGUACAGGCCCAGUGCUGUCAAACGCUCAUCAUAUGCUAACCCACUCAUUCCUGGGAUCAUUCUCGUAACCCUCCUCUGAACCCUCUCCAGAGCCAGCACAACGUUCCUCAGAUACUGGGCCCAAAACAGCUCACAAUAUUCCAAAUGCGGUCUGACCAGCACUUUAUAGAGUCUGAGGAAGGGUUUUGGCCUGAAACGUUGCCUAUUUCCUUCGCUCCAUAGAUGCUGCUGCACCCGCUGAGUUUCUCCAGCACUUUUGCGGGGAUCGCUGGCCGGCGUGGACUCUAUACUGAACUUAUUCCAU